UCAUUUUCGUCCUCGUCCUUUCCUUAAGUUAGCUGCUCAGUCGAGUCAUAUCGACCUUGACCCUUAUUUGUCUCGUCUCGAUUUGAAAACUAGUAUGUUGAACUUGAAGAGAAACACAUCAAAUAAGUCUAAAAAGACGAUUACAAGUGGGAAGUGUAGUAGAUUUUUGAUCUCCAUCAACGUCCUUGGAAGCACAGGGCCAAUUAGAUUUGUAGUAAAUGAAGAUGAUUUGGUUUGCGAGGUGAUGAAGACCACUCUUGUAGCAUAUGCUCGCCAAGCUCGUCUUCCCGCUCUCGGAACUAAUGUCGAUAAUUUUAUUCUCUACUGCGUCAACGAUGGAGUUGAAGCUCUAAGUCCAAGGGAAACUAUAGGAAGAUCAAAGCAAGUAAGGCACUUUCUGCUAUGCAAAAAGCAAGGGACUUCACAUGCAUUUCCUAAUGAUCAGAAAACAUUGUCAAAUCAAAUGGAAGAAGAAAAGAGGAGAAACAGUCAUUUUUCAAGGCAGCGGUUCAAGGUAUUGGCAGCAGAGUUGGAGAAGAUCAAAGUCAACGCGUAUUCGAAGUAA